AUGUUCACCCUAACUCCAAAUCUCUCGAAUUACUUCGACAUUGAGUCCAAGCUCAUUAGCCUUGGUCACCUUGCUGGUCAACUUGGAGGAUUUGUUGGUGAGAGUGAGAGUGUUAAGAAAGCCGUUGUGAAUGCUAUUAUCGCUAAAAUUAACAGUAAUGAAGAGCUUAAACAUCUUUACUCUUCUCUUGUUACUAACCUUUCUGAGUCUGUCAAGCCUGCUGACCAGGCUGAUGACACCGAUGAAAUUAGUGAGCUUAGUAAGUUAGUUACUGCAGAAAUUCAGCGUCUUGAACAGCAACUUAAACAGCCUAAUAAACAUCCUAAUAAUCUUCCUUCUUGCCCCUCUCCCUCUGCUGACUCAGACAAAUUGCAGUCCAAGUUGGAGGCUUUGAAGAAAGUGAAUGAGCUUUGUGGAUUUUUGACUAAUCUUAAUAAUCAUCCAAAUGAGCCUAAAAAGCUUUUAGAAAACCUCUGCACUGGCCUCGAAAAAUUCCUCGGCUUCAACUCUGACUCCAAAGGCUACGACGGCACUGGGAUAGUGUACUCCGACUUGGAUAGGCUGUGUGACGGGGUGAUGGCGUUUUUGUAUCAGGUGCUUAAAGACGUCAGCGAGAAACAGCCUUACAGUGUGGGUAAAACAAUACUAAAUGACAUUGUUAAUGAGCUUAAAAAGAAUUUAUCCACCGGGCGUAAGGGUUUUGAGGUUAUUGCGCAGGUGGCGCAGAGGGUGCGGGGGUAUAAUGAGAGAGUUAAGGAGGGGAAUGAGAGGGUGAAAACCGUAAUCGGAAAAUUGUUUGACAAGAUAAAUGAGACAGGUAUGUGGCGUAAGAGCAUUAAUGCUAUGCAGGCAUCUGAUAAUUUAAAUCAAGCGGAAGAGGACGUGAAGUCGGCAGCGUUCAUGGUGAAGGAGUGUCUUGAGACCACUGAAGUAUUCACUAACGCAUUAGAUAUUGUUCAUCCUGAUAACCGUGACAUGAAAAAUUCCAUUAAUGACUUAAACACUAACUUACGUGAUAACGUUCUUAAUGCACGAAUGACGAUUGAGCAUGAGAGUGAGAGGCUCGCUGCCCUUUCCGCCAAGGCGUGGAACGACCUAGCUGGCAUGACGAACAAAACGCGUGAUGCAUUGAAUGAGCUGAAAACAAACGUUACUAAUGAAAUCAGCGAUAAAGUAUUAAAGCUGGUCGUGCUGUUGAACCAAAAGGUUCUGGCAAUUAGGAAUCAGCUUAUAGAGAUUGAAAGAGAUUUGGGGCACUACAUUCAUCAGUUGGAAAAUUGGAUGGACAAGGCGAAGAAAUUGAUUGAUGACGUGACCAAUACGCACAUUAACGCUAUUAUUAACCACGGUGUCGGUUACGUUAAUCAUAAGAAACUGGAAGAUAUUGCGGAUGAAAUUAGGAGAGGAUUAAACGCGGCAAGGAACCAUCUCAAUGAUAUGGUAACGAAAGCGUUGGAGCAAGUGAAAGCGAUGGACGCGGCGCUUAAAGGGGAUUUGUAUAAGGUGAAGCAGGCAAUAGGGGAGCAGGUUAAAAAAAUCCAACAGGAGAUUAGGUCGCUUGGAAAUCAGUUCAAUGGGGGUAGCGGAACAACGCCGGAUAGCAUUGAGAAGAUAAUGAAGCAUAUAAAAGAAAAGAUAGACGAUAUUGAGGGGCACGUUGGUGAAUCCAGAAAGCCAGGAUCCGCCAGCGGGGCGGAUGCAAGUGUACAACAGAAUUGGGAUGCGUUGAAAGCAAAGAUGACGGAGCUUCUUGGGGAUAUAUAUGAAAGAUCAUCUGCGGCAAAAAUGAAUUAUCUCGGCAAAAUCGAGAAAGGCGUGACGGAGUAUGCUGCAUUGUUCAAGGAUACGACAGGAGGUAAUGGGUUUAACAAAAGAGUUGAUGAGUGGGUGGCGGAAAUAAUUACGAAAGAACCAGUUAAAGGAUUGCUUACAGAGUAUGUUAAACAGAAUAGGAGCAUUGGGUUUUUUAACGGUUACAUGAGUGAUAAGGGUCCUGAUAGAUUACGUAAUCAUGUCACACCUAUACUGAAAUUGCAAAUCACGGAAAAGCUUCAAGAGAUUAAGCCAAAAAUUACUUUUGGCACCAAACCUAACGUGGAGGGGUACUUGUCAUAUGUAACGGACUAUCUUUCCGAGUUUUCAAAAAACGCUAUGAGUAAAGAAGAUGGUAUAGUUACAGCAAUCUCUAGCGUAGUGCAACUUGAUGUUCAGUUGGUAGCGUCUGCUGACCACAGGGGGCACCGAAAGUUCUAUCUCGAGCUCGCUGUGCGUGCCACUCUAUCCGCUCUAACAUUCAUUGCCAAGCAUAUUGCCUACCAAUUGGAAUCAUUUGCUAGCACAAACACAGAUCUUGGCACCAAGUUGCCGGCAGCUAUUAAGCAAGUUAAAUUGAUUAGCCAACAAUUUGAUCCGGGUAAUUCUUUCGGCGCUAAGAUUGAUAGAGCGUUGAGCAGCGUACAAUUAGAAGUUAAGACCCUGCACAGGCAGCUGAACUCGGCGCUUGAACCCGGCGUCUCUAGCGCUAGCAACGCUAAAUUCGUCGACACCGCUAUCUCGGACAUGAACAACGUGGCUAAUGAUCACAUCGGUACGACUCCGCUGCCAGGUGGAGGCACGUCAAACGAGAGAAUUUCCGAGCUCGGUAGAAAUGGUUUUGAAAAAUAUAAACAGCAAGUUAAUCAAGAUAGCCUUAUUCAAGGGAACCCAGAAAAGUUUAGCGGCGUCCUACCCGCGGCCAUCGGUGAGAUUAGGGAUCAUGGUUUCAAAGUAUUCGAAAAAAUGUUAACCGGCACAAAACCUGAUGAACAGCAUUCUAUCGGACAUCUCGAGCAAAUGAAAAGCAAUCUUACCAAUUUGAUAGCGGCGUUUUCGGCUGCAGGUAAAGCUAUCGAAGCUAAUUUAGGAAAUCUAAAAGAAGGUAAUAUUACAAACGAUCUGAAAAUAAUUAGAAAUCAAAUCGACACCCUUCGUACAGUCGAUUUGGGAAGAAUCAUCAAGGAUGCCACAAAAUUUCACAGUUUCGCCACGACACAAUGUGAGGAAACCGUCCAAACCCUUACGCGACACGUCGACAAUGAAGUGGAGUCCGCCCUCUCCACCCUCACCACCGCCGCCCGCCGCAACUACGUCACCUCCGUCAAGGCGCUCCUCACCGCGUUCGCGGACAAGGUCGAAAAGGAGUUGGAGGGGUUGCCGGGGGAGAUUGACAAGGAUUUGACGAUCGGGUACAAGGGGUUUAUGAAGACGUUGGGAGACGGAUAUACCAAAGGAACUAUAACAAGUAAUAAUAUUAACUUGCUUAAAAGUCUAGCAACACUUUUUAAAUCAAAUGAAUAUAAUGCGAGAGAUUUUUCCGAUUUGGCGGAGGCAUUCUAUGACUUCUUCACGCCAGUCAAAAAGUAUGUUCUGCGAGAGAUAAGCAGCGUGCAUGGCAAAGAAAAUGAGAAACGAAAUCGGAAUCCUUCAUCAAAAGAGACCUUAUACACCAAUAAGUUUAAUGAUAUCUGCGCGGCACUUGAAUCCUUGCUCACUCAUAUUAAGGACAAAAAUAAAUAUGAUAGUGAAGUGCCUAAAAUGCUUGUAAAACUUACUUCUAAGAUCACUGAGCUUAAGCCAGAAAACUUCGAUAUGCAAAAUACUCCAACGAUGGACAGCGUUUCCCUAGGACUUAACGACUUUGUCAGUGAGCUGGAAAAGGUCUACAUAUCGGCGUAUGACGGUCAGAAAUAUGAGAAGGACGUGUACAUAUAUAAACAGCGCGUUGACACGAGAGGAAAGGUUGAGAUACAUGAGGUGACUGAGUAUGGUAUGAACUGCGCGAAGGUGUUCCUUACCGCCCUGUCGACACUGAGUUAUGACUUUCAGACUUUGGGAGAGAAAUGUAAAGGUUCGCAGUUCCAAACUAUUUACGCAUCCAACGAGAACAUAACGAAUGUCUUAGGUGACUAUCUUAUCAGUCGCGGGUACAAGGUUUCUAUGUCUCGUGAGUCACAUGAGGGACAGUUGAGGAAUGAGCCAAAGUGCGCCGGUCAAGCCAUAUAUCUGAGUAAGCUGAACGAACAAAUCAAAACCGCUGUAAAUCUGAAACAGGUCGAAGCGUGGAAAGAAGAACAGAAGAAAGAAAAUAAGUUCACUCAUCCCCGCGAUGCUGAUAGUAAUAAGAUUAAUCUCCUCGACAUUCUCGAUUACCUGCAGUAUUGCCUUGAAACCUACUACCAAGUCCGCCACUAUGCUACCUUUUUCUCUAAGAAGCAGCCGUGCUCAGUUUAUGAAAUGCUCUGUUGGCUGUCCGGGAUGCCAUGCAAUAACGCCUACGAGGAGCUGUUAGGUGACGGCCUCAGUGAUCCGUUCAAGGAUCCAAGAAAGCAGACAAAAGAAGUGGCAGGCGAGAGUGAAUUCACUGUGGAAACGCCGGAAUCUUUGUACCUGGAUGCAUCCCCCAAAACGAUGAAAUAUGCAAAUACUGUGCGAGUUGUGCGACAUCUUUGUCCAAUCUCUCACGACCUGCUGACGAUCCUCCUCGGUCACGGUGACGCAGAGACCACGUACGCGGUUGACUUCUCCAGCAACGCGAUGAACUUACACUAUCCUCAGAAGGGCGAAGAUUGCCUCCAGAUGCUGCUCGAUAUAUUGUGCCGUUUGCUACCGCAGCUGAGAUACUUACAUGAAAAAUGUAAGCUAGGCACUGAGCACGGUGGUUGGUACAGCUGCAAGUACGGCAAAGUUAUCAAGACAAGCAAGUGGCCAUGUUCCGAUCACUCAAGCGACGAAGCAAAAGACAAAGCAACGUGCCAACCAAAAUCACCACUUCAAUCAUACCUAAACGACUGCUUACCAGGUCACCUACCUCAUCGAGUGGAAUCAAUCGGAUGUAACGCCGUAUGUAAGACGUGUCCUGGUAGUAAGCCCGGAAUGCCCUGUUUGACGCCUCUUGGAUUCAGAGGAUUCUCCGGCAGUACCAAGAGAGGCAAAGACAUAUGCACCGUGCUAACCAAGUUCUUUGACGAGGUGGACAUCUCAUGCCUCUUCGCCCUUUCUGUCAAACCGCCACGCACGUUGCCGGAACACUUCGGAUUUACGUUGUCAUUAGUUAAUGGGUGGCAUACAUCCAACAAAUCGGGUUUCCGUAAUGUGUUGCAAGAUACCUUCGAUAAUGCCAUCUACAAUUUAUCUAUUCAACUAGCAGACAAACAGGGCACACUACCAGAUGCGUUGCGUAAAGCGUAUGGCAGCGAUCAGGAAAGUCAUUCUAGACAUGAAACAGAUUCUGCUGACCUGGUCAGUUUGUCAUUAAGAAUGCCAUGUACCGGUGCGGAUAACCACUGCGCUCCUUACGUAUCCACUUCAUGCGUCGACAUAUAUAAUUAUCUCCCAUACAAACACGCCAACCUCUACCUCUCCUGGGCCAUCUACCUCCCGUGGACAUUCUGGGACCUGCUCAACAAUCUCUACAAUUCUUUCUGCUCCAUCAACUGCCAGGACUGGGGAUGCCGUGGAUGUCUGAGGGGGGAUAAGUGCAAGAAGGGAUCGCAUGGUGUUGUUGAUAAAGAGAAGCCAUCUGCUGAUUGCCAAUGCCCUUCUAUCGUCGACUGCAAAGGUGUCGCACCAACGCUCUACCAGUAUGGUUUCGUCUUCGGUGAAGCGUCGACGCUGAAUGACAGUCAAUCGCCGAAGAAGUGUUCCGAUUUCUGUAGUCAGUUGAAGAAUGUGCUUAAAUCGCAGUAUUUCAAGAAGCUGUUUGAAGAAUGCGACAACUUCUUAUGGAUCAUCAGACAACCGUUCACCUACCUUGUCCUUGCCCUCUGGCUCCUCUCUUUAUUGUACCUCCUCCACAUCAUGGUCAUCCGCCUCGACCUGCUCCACAUCAAAUCGCAUCUACAUAGUCCCUCGACUCAUCGCAUAGCUGCUCAAUCAUUGCUCGCCGCGGCACGUGUUAACAAGCUUAACAGAGUGUUUUACCUGCAACCGUAA